UAGCCAUGAAACCUUCUGUUUGUGUUGCUGCAAUUGUCGUCAUUCUCUUCUGUAUUCCUGUUUUCACGUCUGCAAGGCAUGUAAGGCGGCUACGAACAUGUACGUAUGAUUCUCUCCAAAAUUGUCUUAAUUCUACUAAUUACGAUAGCAUGAAUUAUGAAACACUAUCACCUAUUUCUUAUCUUUGAAAUUUUUUAUUGUGCAACAGAUCAUAGCCAGCGCCACAAUUCUCAGCCAAGCACAGGAGAGGGGAUGGUCGCAGAACCCUAUUCAUACCGGAAAAGAAGGCCUAUGGCGCUAAGAAAGGGAGCAGACACGUUACAGAUAGCAGGAUCAAGCUUGCCUGACUGCUCACAUGCAUGUGGUUCGUGCACUCCCUGCAGACUAGUUAUGGUGAGCUUUGUAUGUGCAUCGCUGGAAGAAGCUGAAACAUGUCCUAUGGCUUACAAGUGCAUUUGCAACAACAAGUCUUAUCCAGUUCCAUGA